GGAAGGGUAGAAGAACAUAGGAGAGAAGGCGCACUGAGAUAUCAGAGGAAUAGAGAACACACGCUGCACCACGCACGGCCCCUUCUGCAAGGCACAUCGAGAAUCGAAGGAUAGUCUGUCACAAGGCUGGAAAUCUGACAACUGGAAAGAUCUAUAAUUUGUUUAUCUCGGAGGAAAAUUCGUUCUUUUGCAGAGGGAAAUCGAUUUCUUCCAUUUUUCGGGACGUGGAGAUAUACCAUUGCUAGUUUAGCGAGGAUAUCAGUUCACCUAUAUGCUAUACGCAUAGAUCUUGAAGUUGGAGGAAAUCAGAAUUGUUCCUUGACUAGGCCAUUUUUACCAGUGCUCUGCUGAGUUUUGUGCAAAACCCAAAUCGUCAUCCGUUGGCGGUCUCUGACAGUCCUCCAUUGGGCUUCUCACCUCCGGGAAUCCGAUUGUGAGGAGAGUGGCUAUGGAGACGGAAGAGAGGAAUCAGAGGGGUUAUAAAGGCUCGGAGUCAGAAAUUUUCUUGCAGUGGGGCAACAGAAAGCGGCUCCGUUGCGUGAGGGUGAAAGACCCUCGGGCAUCAGCGCGAUUAAACGGUGGAAUCCGAAGGAAGAUUUCAUCGGCAGCAGAUCGUUCAGGGAUCACAGCUUCUGACAAAGAAAACACUCAUUUCCAGCCCAAUCGCUUCACAAGGAAUUCAGAUGGGUCUACGCUUCGGUCCACCGGCGUAGAGACUAGGAAAUCGGCGUCACCGGAGAAGGAGGAUCGGUACUAUACCACGAGAGGGUCUGCGGCAGGCGAGGACAACGGUAAAGUUUCGGGGGACGGGAAUAACGGGGAGGAGAGAGCGGCGGUGUGGCCAAAACUUUACAUCGCGCUAUCCAGUAAAGAGAAAGAAGAGGAUUUUCUGGCCAUGAAAGGCUGCAAACCCCCUCAGAGACCCAAGAAGAGGGCGAAGAUGAUUCAAAGAAGCUUACUUUUGGUGAGUCCUGGGGCGUGGCUGACUGAUAUGUGCCAGGAGAGAUAUGAAGUGAGGGAGAAGAAAAGCAACAAGAAGAGACCGAGAGGAUUGAAGGCCAUGGGGAGCAUGGAAAGCGAUUCAGAAUGAUGCAGGCCCGUGAGCGCGAGGUGGGAAAAUAGUCGGACAUGACCACGCUGGAUUAUGAUCAAAUGUUUUUGAUGAUGUAACUUGUGAUGCCUGUGCUGGUGAUCUUGAAAACGUUCAAAUAUAUAUCAAUGAAUGAAUGAAAAUGAAUUAUAUGAGGA